AUCUCCGCAAGUCAACAGAAAACAUUAAAGAAAACGUUCAUGUCGGCCGCCAAACGAGUAUGUGAUGCGGGAAUUUGCUGUGAGAUAUUAAAGCGGACGUUCAUGUUUCCCGUGGGUUUUUAGCUAACUUGGGGGAUUUGGGGCCAGCUGACUCGCGCUGGAGCGAUGAAGGGAGAGGCGGAAGUGAAGUCACUUGACAGACCGUCCAUGUUAUUAUUGUUAUUUUGGUAGCCCUGUGAUGAGACGGGCUGGGGAGCCGUUGGUCUCCGAGACAACUGUUAACGUUAACGCAAGCCGCCCUGGACCGACACCACCCUCACCACCACCACCACCACCUCCUCACUGACCCAAAGACAGGAGCCUCGCUGACGGCUGGGGGGGUGGGUGGGGAGGGAGGGUGUGAGGACCCAGCUCCAGCUCCAGCUCGGCUCCUACACUCCGGCCGACCAAAAAUAAAACGGCGACAAAAACAAUAACGGCGUUCGUCAAACGGCUCGACUGGUGUCUGUGCGGUUUGUAGCAGGGACGUGCCGCAGCAGACAUGAACGGUAUCACCAAGGGCCGGUUCGAGGUGUUCUCAAACAGCGAUGAAGCCCCCAUUAACAAAAAGCUCCCCAAAGAGCUUCUUCUCAGAAUAUUUUCCUAUCUAGAUGUGGUUACACUCUGUAGGUGUGCCCAAGUAUCCAAGGCGUGGAAUGUCCUGGCCCUAGAUGGCAGUAACUGGCAGAAGAUUGACUUGUUCAACUUCCAGACAGACAUAGAGGGGCGAGUGGUGGAGAACAUUUCAAAGCGUUGUGGAGGCUUCCUGAGGCAGCUGAGCCUCAGGGGCUGCCUAAGCGUGGGAGAUGCCUCCAUGAAGACGUUUGCUCAGAACUGCAGAAACAUCGAAGUGUUGAACCUAAAUGGCUGCACCAAGAUUACAGACAGCACCUGUCUCAGCCUCAGCAAGUUUUGCUACAAACUCAAACAGCUAGAUCUCACCUCCUGUGUGUCCGUCAGCAACCACUCUCUCAAGGCCCUCAGCGAUGGCUGCAGAAUGCUGGAGAUGUUGAACCUGUCAUGGUGUGACCAGAUCACACGUGAUGGCAUUGAGGCUCUGGCUAGAGGCUGCAAUGGUCUACGAGCACUGUUCCUCAGAGGGUGCACACAGCUGGAAGAUGGAGCAUUGAAACACCUCCAGAAACACUGCCCAGAACUCACCACCAUCAAUAUGCAGUCUUGUACACAGAUAACAGAUGAAGGCCUGGUCAGUCUGUGCCGAGGCUGCCACAAGCUACAGAUCCUUUGUGUGUCUGGCUGCAGUAACAUCACUGACGCCUCCCUCACUGCAAUGGGACUCAACUGUCCCAGACUCAAGAUCCUUGAAGCUGCACGAUGCUCCCAUGUUACGGAUGCUGGGUUCACUGUACUGGCCAGAAAUUGUCAUGAGCUUGAAAAAAUGGACUUAGAAGAAUGUAUUUUGGUGACAGAUAACACACUGGUUCAGCUUUCUAUCCACUGCCCUCGCCUGCAAGCACUGUCCCUGUCCCACUGCGAGCUGAUUACAGAUGAUGGCAUUAGAGCUCUGAGCAGCAGUACCUGUGGCCAAGAGCGCCUCACCGUGGUGGAGCUGGACAACUGCCCCCUCAUCACUGAUGUGACCCUGGAGCACCUGAAGAGCUGUCAUCGUCUGGAGCGCAUUGAGCUCUACGACUGUCAGCAAGUCACCAGGGCUGGGAUCAAACGCAUCCGGGCCCACCUUCCAGAGAUCAAGGUCCACGCCUACUUUGCCCCAGUGACACCUCCUCCCUCUGUACAUGGAGGUGGCCAGCGUCUGUGCCGCUGCUGCAUUAUCCUCUGACACUGGAGGGCCAGGGGGGGCCACCUCUGUCUGCAGGUCCUGCUGCUCUGAUAUGGGCUGAAAUGGAAUAGGGGGGUGGGGGGUGGGGGCAUGGGGUAGGGGAGAGGAGAGGAGGGCUGGACCCACUCACUGCUCCUGAUCUCGGAUCAAAACAAAGACUGAUUGCCCCUGAUCAGUUGAACCCGACCCUCCUCUCUUCUUUUGCUCACCAGUCAGGAUGGCAAUAGUCCUGGGUUUGGGCGUGGAGGGGUGGAUGGACUCGCACUUUUUCUCUCUCUAUCUCAUUCUCACUGUAAAAGCAAAAGCAGGUUUUCCACUCCACCCUGCACUUCA